AAGUGUAGUUGAGCUGUUGUGUGUUUGAGUCUCUGUAAUACAGCAGUAAAAUGGCAGAAGCCAGAGUUUUUCAGGAUGAGUUCAUGUGUCCAAAGUGUCCGGAUCUCCUGAAGGAUCCGGUGACCAUUCCCUGUGGACACAGUUACUGUAAGAGUUGUAUUACAGACUGCUGGGAUCAGGAGGAUCAGAAGAGAGUCUACAGCUGCCCUCAGUGCAGACAGACCUUCAGUCAACCUGCUUUAGCUAGAAACACCAUGCUGGCUGAAGUGGUGGAGAAACUGAAGAAGAGAAAACGUCCUGCUGACUGUGACGCUGGAGCUGGAGAUGUGCAGUGUGACGUUUGUACUGGAAAAAAAUACAAAGCGUUCAAGUCCUGUCUGGUGUGUCUGAACUCUUACUGUCAGAAUCACCUCGAACAACACGAGAGCUGGUUUAAAGGAAAGAGACACAGUUUGACUGAUGCCACUGGACGACUGCAGGAGAUGAUCUGCCAGAAACAUGAGAAGCUCCUUGAGGUUUUCUGCCGCACUGACCAGAAAUGUAUAUGUAUGCUGUGUACGAUAGAUGGACAUAAAAACCACGACACUGUAUCUGCUGCAGCACAGAGGACAGAGAAACAGAUGCAGCUGAAAGAGACGCAGAAGACGUUCCAGCAGAGAAUCCAGCAGAAUGAGAAAGAUCUUCAGCAGCUGAGAGAGACUGUGGAGUCUCAUAAGCGCUCUGCACAGACAACAGUGGAGGACAGUGAGAGGAUCUUUACGGAGCUCAUCCGCUCAUCCAUUGAGAGAAGCUGCUCUGAGCUGAUUCGACUGAUCAGAGAUCAGGAAAAGACUGCAGUGAGUCGAGCUGAAGGACGACUGGAGCGACUGGAGCAGGAGGUCAAUGAUCUGAGGAGGAGAGACGCUGAGCUGGAGCAGCUUUCACACACACAGCUCACCAACAUUGUUCCCAGAACCAGGAACGACUUCCUACAAUAUUCCCAUCAGCUCACUCUGGAUCUGAACACAGCACAUAAAUACCUCCGUCUGUCUGAGAGCAACAGAGUGAUUGUUGCCGCUGCCGCAGCCCAGUCUUAUCCUGAUCAUCCAGACAGAUUUGAUGUGUAUCAUCAGGUGUUGUGUAGAGAGAGUGUGUGUGGACGCUGUUACUGGGAGAUUGAGUGGAGUGGGACUCGUGUGUUUAUAUCAGUGUCAUAUAAGAGCAUCAGCAGGAUGGGACGGGGUACUGAGUGUAGGUUUGGAUGUAAUGAUCAGUCCUGGAGUUUGAUCUGCUUUCCCUCCAGUUACUCAUUCAGGCACAAUAACAAAGAGACUGCUCUCCCUGUAGAGUCCAUCAGCAGGAGAAUAGGAGUGUUUGUGGAUCACAGUGCAGGAAUUCUGUCCUUCUACAGCGUCUCUGACACAAUGAGCCUCAUCCACACAGUCCAGACCACAUUCACUCAGCCACUCUAUCCAGGGUUUAAUAUUGAUAAAGGAUCAUCAGUGAAUCUGUGUUGAUGAAUCAGAAUUAACUUUAGAGUGUUUCUACCCAUAAUGCUUUGAGCUGCAUGAUAAAUCAGUAACAGUGAGAUGUUAUAGAGUCUUUUCUUUUCUCCUCAUUACAUUAAUACUGCAGCUGAACUUCUGUCACUGAAAUAACAUUGUGUUGAUUUAGUUUUUAAUGUAGUGUCACAUAAGUCAUUUUAUUAUUACUAUCAUAAUUACCUUUCAAUUCAAAUGAUCACAUGCAGUCAAUAAAUCAUUUUCUUUAUUCACCUUAUGGA